AUGAAACAAAUGCUGAAAGACUUUUCAAAUCUGUUAUUAGUGGUGCUCUGUGACUAUGUCCUUGGUGAAGCCGAGUACCUCUUCUUGGGACAGCCAGAUCAUGUAGCUUUAAGCAACAAGACGGUCUCUGUAGAUUUCCAGUAUUCUGAUGGAAAUAAUGCAACCAUGAGGAAUGUGUCUAUCCUGUUGCUUGAUGCCAGCAAAAAUCAGACCAUUGCCACCAAAUACCUCUUGACCAACCAGUUUCAGGGCACUCUGGAGUUUGAGUGUUUCUAUUUCAGGGAGGCUGGUGACUACUGGUUUAUACUGAGCCCAGCAAAAAUGGACAAUAGCACAAGGGACCCUGGGCAAGAGAGGCAUGCCUUUCUGAAGGUGGAAUGGCCUGUGUUCCACAUUGAUUUCAACCAGACAUCAAAGGCAACAGGAGAUACCUUGCAGGUGGGACUUUUUAUAAAUCAACCACUAUGCUCUUUUACUACAGACCGGCCAGACAUUUUGGUGGAACUCAUCUUCACUAACAGCAUCUCUGAGCUGAAAGAAAGUAGGGAUCAACCACUGGAAAUAAGAAUCAGCAAAAGGAUUAGCCUUGCUCCGGUUCAGUGGAUAGAAUUUGACUGUGCUCCCAUUGGUCCACAAGCCUAUGCCACUGUGUUACUGAAACUUCAAGAUACUUCAUCAGUCAUUACCUCAACAGGACCCAUUGAUUUGGUCCAAAGAUUUGGCUACAAGCUGGUGACGUUGCCAGAACUAAAGUGUGAGUCCUUGGUGGAUGUGAUGAUAGUGCCCCCUCCAUGUACUUUUGCCCAAGGAAUGGUUACUGUCUACAAGGACAUCACCAGGCAUUCUGGGGAAAGGCUUGGUUGGUUGGCCGAAAACAUUGUGCCCCUGGGGGCCAGCAAAACUGCAUUUAAUUGUACUUUGUUUGCUAUGGGGAAAAAUAAAUACUGCUUUGAGUUCAGCUUUUCAAGCAGAAGCCAUUUUUCCUCAGGGGAGGAUUGCAUGAUGAUUCAGAGAAAUAUAGAAACAUGGAGUUUGUGGCAGGCCUGGAACCCGUGCAGUGUAACAUGUGGUGACGGCGUACGUGAUAGGCGGCGGACCUGUCUCACCUCCUCCCCCUCCAAGCCUGGUUGUGUUGGAACAUCUACAGAGACCUCCUUGUGUUCUUUGGAAGAGUGCUCUACCUUCAAGCCUUCCAGCCCGUCUCCUGCCCAACCAAAGGGCCCCCUGAAAGCUAAUAAUAUUGUGACUGUUACUGGGAUCUCUCUGUGUUUAUUCAUAAUCAUUGCCACUGUCCUCAUUACCCUCUGGAGGAAGUUUGGCCGUGCUCCCAAGUGCAGCACCCCAGCACGCCACAACUCAAUCCACUCCCCCAACUUCCGGAAGAACUCAGAUGAAGAGAACAUCUGUCAGCUGAGUGAGCAGAGGGGAAGCUUCUCUGAUGGGGGCGAGGGACCCUUGGGGAACCCUGCGGAGAUCAGUAUCCCUUUGACCUAUCGGAGGAGCAUGCAGCUGACUCCAGAAGAAGAAGUCUCUGGCAGUGAGAGCUUUCAGUCCAGUGCCCAGAAGAUAAUCCCCCCUCUAUUUAGCUACCGCCUCGCACAAAAGCAGCUUAAAGAGAUGAAAAGGAAGGGUCUGACAGAAACAACCAAAGUGUACCAUGUGUCUCAGAGUCCUCUGACUGACACAGUCGUUGACGGUGCUGCUGGUGCUGCCUUAGACCCAGAAGGACCAGAAGAAGCCUCAACUAACAAAUUUCGAAUCAAGUCCCCUUUUCUGGACCAGCCAUCCAUCAACGCAGGGGAACGGACUCAUUCCAGGCUCGAUUUUAAUGUGUCUCUGGCCAAUCCUGCAUUGAGCCCUAGCCAGACCCUCAUUCGCAGAUCACAGCUGAAAUAUGUGGGCAGUAAAGGGGGCCAGUCUGAAAGGAGCUAUCCCCGGCACUCCCACUUCAGGAGAACUGCAAGUUUCCAUGAAACCAAGCAAGUCAGGCCCUUCAGGGAAAGGAGCAUGUCCACUCUGACCCCACGACAAAUUCCAGCUUAUAGUGCCAGGACACGAACCUGGGACCAGGGAGAAGACAGAUUUAGGGCUCGGGCUCGGGGAGCCUACCCAUGUCCUGAGAAGCUAGAGCAUUCCCAGGGGACUGGGAUAGUCACUGAACCACUAAGCCCUCUCUCCAAAUCCCACCCCAUGGGGCUUCCAGCCAGGAAACCCGACUUGAUCAAUGACCGUCCAGCAGGACUGGUGAAUGGCACAGAUAGAGUUGAACCCCACAGACACAGGAGGGGACCUUCACCGAGUCAUAAGAGUGUUUCAAGGAAACAACCUUCCCCAACCACUCCCAAGGAUAACUACCAGAGGGUCAGCCCUUUGAGUCCCUCCCAGUACAGAAGGGACAAGUGUCAGAGCUUCCCAGCACACCCUGAAUAUGCUUUUUAUGACAAUACUUCUUUUGGCCUUACUGAACUAGAGCAAAAGAUGCUUGACUUGCCUGGGUAUUUUGGGUCAAAUGAAGAAGAUGAGACAACAAGCACACUGAGCAUAGAGAAGUUGGUGAUCUAAAGGAAGCAUGAGAGCAAGAGGAGAACUUUAUGGGAUCCUGCCACUCUCCCAGUCUGUUCUCACUCCCUGCUUUCAGCAUCAUUCCUUUGACUGUCUUUGUACCACUUUUUGUACCACUGAACAGAGAAUGGGAAAGAAAGAUCUAUGGGAAGUAUACUCUGUGUGUGUGUGAAAAAUAGAGUAUGAGAGAGGAGAACAAGGGCAAGAAAGGAAAGAAUGAAAGAGAA